AAAAAAAAAGGAAAGAAAAGAAAAAAAAAAAGAAAAGAAAAGAAAAAUUGAUUAAUUAAUACACAUGAGCGAUGCAUGUUGUCGCAAUCGGGCUGGCCCGACUACGCGCGGUGCGUCGAUCUCUAAUCGAGGUAUAAAUACGAUACGAGAUGUCUUUUUUUCAUAAGUGUAAACUUUAUCACAUACGUAACGCAUUUAUCUUGUAAGCGAUUGCUGCCCCCGCAUCUCUCGUCGACGGUUUUCUCCGGCUCAUCGAACAACAAGAUGUAUCACUACGACCGUUGGAAAAAAUUAUAUAUGCGAGUUAACGAACUGUGCAGUAAUUAGUUAAAUCGCCGAAUAAUAAUAAUUAUAUAAUUAUCUCGGAGAGGGGUUGUCUUCGAAAUCAGGUCAGUUGUUAUUGUUUCUUGCCUACUUCCGAAGCGUUCAUCUUGUUCAAUGAUUUAGCCUACUAUUUGAUUCAUCAAUUAAAUAGUACGUAUCAAAUUAAUUAACCAUGUUAAAAAAUAAUGUUGUGAAAAAUACGGAAAAGAAUACUGCUGUUAUGCAGUUCUUUCGGGGAACAUAUAUUUUUAAUCAGUAAUAUUUGAAUCCGAAUUAUAUAAUUUUGGCAUCAUGUCGACAUUUAUGUGUGUGAUAUCUUUUACUCUAUUUCUACUUAAUAUAAAUUUUCAACAAUGUUAUCAUUGUGUGUGUAUAUGCACGAAAGAUUACACUUUUUGUAAACUUCAGAUAUCAGUUUGAUUGAUAUAAAAGAGAAAAGAAAUUCUUCUUUGUAAUAUAUUUUCGCUCUAUGAGACAGAUAUUAUUAAGCAAUGUGCCACCACAUAUUCAGGCAUUAUAGUCACCAUGGAGUCACGUAUGAUAUUCGAAGACAUAAAAAGUGGACGCAAGAGAUUAUAAGGCAAAAAAAAUGUUAUUACUAAACAAAAAAACUUCUUCCCUAGUACGCAUACAAUAUGCCGUAGCAUUUCUCUCGUCACAUUUAAGUGGCAAUUAUUGCAAAAUAAAAAAAGGAGCAUUAUACGAGUAGCAGCUAACAUUAAAUAGAAUUCUCUUUGGCGUUAUUACGUAAACAUGCGAGUAGCCUCCGUUCUCGUUUCGAUAAACAAAGAAAAGCAUGUAAUACCCGUUAAACAAAUAAAAUGAAGCAUGCGACCAUCUUGGAACUUAUAGCGAAUUUACUAUUACAAUAAUAUAUUAAUACUAUUGACAUUGUUGAGGAAAAGGAUCUACAUGUAAAUAAACAUAAAAAGCAUUUUUAUAAAUAAUUAAAGUCGUCAAAUUAAUUAAAAAGGAAAUUUCCCCUCUCUCCUUCCACCCCCUUACAUUUAUAUAAAUAAAAAAAAUAUAUGUAUUCAUAUAAUUUUUAUAUAAUUUUCUUAAAAUAAUUAAGAGUUAUAGAAACUUUUAAUUUACUAUAGUUAAAUUUAAUACAAAUCUUUUAAAUUACGUAUAUAUUCCGUUUAAAAACCGUUAUAAUUAGUUCGAUUUGUUUUCAGGGAAUUUAUAAUCUAUGAAAAUAAGAAAUUUGUCGAAUAAGAAAGUGUAUGAUUGGCGUUUUAAAACCAAUAAUGUUAUUAUCACUGAAUUAUCUGUAUGUCUCGUGUAUUAUUAAUGAUUACAUUUUAUGCAAGUAAUAAAAUGCAAAAGAUAUGAAUUUUUUAAACACUUGUUGUGAUGUUGAUGGCAAAUAAGACGGCAGUCUAUCUUAUCAGAACUCGGCAAAGGCAGGAGGAAAAGAGAAUGUGUAUUUAGAAUUAUCAGUCGUUUUUUUUUACGCUAUUGCGCUCGUUAGGUUCACAUUACCGUUACAUUUAUUAACGAUGUCCCGAUUGUCAUACACCUACAGAGGUCUCAUUGUCCCAGUGUUAACACCUUUUGAAAAUGAUGGAUUCAGAUCUCUUAAUUUGGAUAUUAUACCACAAUAUGCAACAUAUUUGGCAAAAAAAGGAAUUAAUGGUAUACUUGUCAAUGGUACAAGUGGUGAGGGGACGUCAAUGUCUGUCACUGAAAGAAAAUUCAUUGCUGAAGCUUGGGUAAAAGCGACAAAAAGUACAAAGCAACAUUUAAUGAUUCAAAUAGGAGGCGCUCCUCUUCCCGAUGUUAUCGAGCUUGCAAAACAUGCAGAUUCUCUACGUGUAGAUUCUAUACUCUGUUUACCAGAGUUAUACUUCAAGCCUACUACUCCUCAGCAACUAAUUGAAUACUUGGAGAGAAUUGGAAAGGCAGCACCAAACACACCAUUAUUAUACUACCAUAUUCCUAUGUUAACCAAUGUUAAUAUACACAUGGGACAAUUCCUUGAAUCAAUUGAUGAUAAAAUACCAUCAUUUGUGGGUAUAAAGUUCACUAGUGCCAAUUUAGAAGAGGGUGCACAAGCAUUACGUGCCAAUAACAAGAAAUAUGUUAUUUUUCUUGGCAACGAUCAGUUAGUGAACGCUGCAUGUGCAUUGGGAAUGGACUCCUUCAUAAUGACCAGCAUAAAUAUGUUUCCGGAACUUGUACUGGAUAUUCUUGCUGCUAGCAAAAAUGGAGAUAUGUUAAGAGCUAAGAAUUUACAGGAGAAACUUUCAAGCGUUGUACUUGUUAUAACAAAACAUGGCAAUUGGGUGCAGACUAUGAAAACAGCAAUGAAUCUUCUUACUGAGAUCAAUGUAGGAUUACCUCGUGCACCACUUACAUCUAUUACUCCUGAUGCUGUAGCAACUAUGAUAACUGAUUUAACAAAUCUAGGAUAUAAGCCAAAAAUUUAAGCGUGAUUGAAAAUAUUUUAUUACUCUUAUACUCUUUAUGCUGAGUAUUCUACUUACCAUUAAAAAUUACUUGUAAAAUUAUUGUAAGCAUAAAAAAUAAUAUAAAGACAUAUUUUAAAAAUUAA